AUGCACAUGUCCGCCAUCCUCACGCCCACACUCCCGGCCUACCGCCCGCAGAACCUCCACUAUGGAAAGUUUGAAAACACGACCGACGCCGAGUGGGCCGUGCUCGGCAAGCACAAUCUCGCGUAUGCGGCGCCCUUCACGCUGUCCGUGUUGCCGGAGGAAGAAGAGGAUGACGGCGUGGUGGUGCAUGGCCCGCUGCUGUGCAAUGUGCCGAGCUACGAUGGGAGCUACUUCAGGAGGAAUUUCACGAUACUGGGCAGGGACGGGGAGUACGGGGGGUGGCUGAGGCUGGUUAUCAGGAACGAAACUAGCGGGAAUAGGGAGGUACUUGUGUGGAGGAAGCGAGAGUAG